GCGCGCGCGAGCGGCAUGGGCUCGGAUCGUCUUAAUUUCGUAUAUAUAGUCAAAUUCCGCCAUCGACUCGAGCCUGUCCAUAAAUAAUAGUUCGUUUGGAUCGCGCUCGCUUGUAGCAGCUAGCUGCUCGCGGCACGUGUGUGUGUAUAUACGUGCACACAGCUUUAUCCGUGGCGCUUGUGUGUUGUUUUAAUCGAGCAAACUACAGCUACGAAAGAUCAAGUUCGCAAUGAUUAGGAGCGCAAGGAAACGGCAUAAUUAGAGGCGCGAAUCGCGGCCCGCAAUGACAAUAGUCAUUGUAUACAGGUAAAUACGCCUGCUACGUACGUACAUAUUUCACGUGUGUACGCGUUUCUAAGCAUAUAAUAUGUGUGAGCUGCCAUACGAGAGGCAUAGGCCAAGUGGAAGGCAGCAGCAACGAGCGCAUCGCAUAACACCAUCGUCGGGCUUUAAUAUACAUAAAGUCGCGCGCGGAGAGCUCGGCACGGCUGAGAGCGAGAGUCGCGCGCGGGAGGAAGAAGGAGACUCGCUAGUCGGCGUUUAGUCGCGAGGCAACACUUUUACGCGUGUAACAGACGAAGACAACGUCACAUAGAUAUAUACCUACACGCAUUGCCAAGCAGCUCCGAGAGCUCGGCCGAGUGUAUAGGUAUAUAGCUGGAAAAAAGUGCCGCAGCACCGCAACGCACGCAGACGCUGCAGUUUGUCUUUUCCCGCGCCCGCAUAACGACCAUGUCCAAAGUGGCCGACGCCGCACUCGAGCAGACCCGCGACCGCCGCCGAGACACUGAAAUUUCCUUCCUAGCUCGUCCUGCAGCCUUAUAGUGAUACCGAUUGACUUGGAUCAGGGCUGCAUACGCACCUGUCUCGACGCACUCGACCAAAUUGCACUUUGACGAACUCGACUCUUCUGGCCCCGCGAAUUCACUCCGAAAGACGACUUGCACAGCGAUCGCACACGCUCGACAUCAUCACCAUGUCGACUAGUACCGAACAAAUAGUCAACAAAGAGCCAUCCUGGUGGACGGGCCUCUCGGCGCGGGACCGUGGCCUGAUAAUAAUGAUCAUCUGCGCCGGCCUCGUAUCUUUCGCCUUGGUAAUCAGUUUGUGCGUCGUCGCGUCCAAAUCUCCAGACUGCCCGACUGCAACCGGUACCAAAGUGAGCAGCUACAGCCACAACAGCGCACGGCCAUGCAUGAGCCCGGCGUGCAUUCAUACAGCCUCGGUGAUGUUGUCAAACAUGGACCGCACGGUCGAUCCCUGCGACGACUUUUACGAGUUCGCGUGCGGAAAUUUCAUCAGGAACACGAUGAUCCCCGACGACCAGCAGAGCGUCGACAUGUUCACGUCGAUAGACGACGAUCUACAGCGGCAAUUGAGGGCGAGCCUCGAGGCCGUCACCGACGAAGACAUCAAGCCGUUCAGGCUGGCCAACGCCUUCUACCAGAGCUGCAUGAACCAAACCCAAAUUGAAAAACUUGGAUUGGAGCCACUGAUGAAGGUUUUGAGGAUACUUGGAGGAUGGCCCGUUCUACUAGAUGAUUGGAACGCCGAAGAUCACGACUGGAAAGAAUAUGUUUAUCAAAAUCAAAAUCUCGGCUACUCCGUUAAUUACUUCUUAACGAUGGAACUCGACGUCGAUCCGAAAAAUAACACGAGACGUUUGAUCGCCAUAGAUCAAGCCUGGCUGUCGGUACCACGUGAAUUCAUGAUGGAGGGUUUGUCACACGAGAUCGUAAAACUGUACUAUGACUAUAUGGUCGACAUCGCCGUGCUUCUUGGAGCCGACAAGAAACGAGCCAUCCGAGAGCUCGGCGACGUGCUUGACUUUGAAUUUCAGCUGGCUCAAAUGUCCAAACCAGAGGAAGAACGUCGCAACUCUUUCAAGCAGUACAAUCCAACCCCGGUGUCCGAGAUGAGCAAAACAUACCCGAGCAUACCGUGGUUGGAAUAUUUCAACAAGAUCAUGUCGCCGCUCGUCACGGUCAGCCCCGACGAGUUGAUCGUCGUGAAGGAGCCGGACUUUAUCCGCCAGCUCGAGGAGCUGCUGGCCCGCACACCUAAGCGCGUCAUCGGUAACUACGCCGUCUGGCGAAUCGUUCGCGACAACGUCGACUACCUGACCGACAAGUUGCGACAGAGGAAGCAGCUCUUCUGGGAGCGAGUUUCCGGCGAGACCGAGCGCGAGCCCAGGUGGCUGGAAUGCACUCGUCUAGUAUCGAGUGCACUGCCGAUAAGCGUCGGUGCAAUGUACGUGAGAAAGUACUUCGAUGAAGAUGCCAAAAAUAACGCCAUGGAGAUGGUUGCGGACAUACGAAAGCAGUUCCGGGUCAUCAUUGAGAAGGUCGAUUGGAUGGACGAGCGAACCCGAUUAGCCGCGAUCGAGAAGAUCGACGCCAUGGAAAAUCUAAUAGCCUAUCCCGACGAGCUGCUGGACGAUUCCAAGCUCGAGGAGUACUAUGAAAAGCUCGAGAUCUCCAAGGAUGCCCUGUUCGACAAUUUGAUAGCCGUCAAUCUCGUGGCGUCCAACUACAGCCUCGAGCGCUUCCGACAGCCUGUGAACAAGACCGACUGGGUCGAUUUCGGCGACGCCGCGGUCAUCAACGCUUUUUAUCUGCCCAACGAGAAUAGCAUGCAAUUUCCGGCUGGUAUCUUGCAAGGUCAAUUCUUUAACAAAGACCGACCGCAGUACAUGAACUACGGCUCAAUUGGCUUCGUGAUCGGCCACGAGAUAACCCACGGCUUCGACGAUCAAGGCAGUCAAUAUGACAAGAACGGCAAUCUCGACCACUGGUGGGCCCCGCAAACCAAGGAAAAGUUCCUCAAAAAAGCCGAGUGUAUAAUUCAUCAGUACGAAAACUAUAUCGACGAUCGCGUUGGACUAAAACUCAAUGGAAUCAACACGCAGGGAGAGAAUAUCGCCGACAACGGCGGCAUCAAAGAGGCUUACAUGGCAUACAAGCUGUGGGUCGAGCGAAACGGGCCCGAGCCUCGCCUGCCAGGACUCGACUACUCGCCCGAGCAGAUGUUCUGGGUUUCGGCGGCCAAUUCCUGGUGCUCCAAGGAACGCACCGAGUCGCUCAAACUCAACAUCUUCACGGACGAGCACAGCCCCAGCAAGUUCCGAGUCAUCGGUCCGCUCUCCAAUGUGCCGGACUUCGCCAAGGACUUUGAUUGCCCUCUCGGCUCGAAAAUGAAUCCCGUGAAAAAAUGUGUCGUUUGGUAGAUACCUCUCUCCCACUGGUUCUCAAACCUCACCAGCUUCGUUUCUGUGCCAGUUGGACGAGGCUAUUUUACACCGAUGUUUGUGCAUUUCCUAAAUACUGCAAAAAAGUCAAAAAGGCAGAAAAGAAUUUGUACAUAGAUUUUAAAUCGUCCAGUCUGUAGACGGUGAAUCUUUGGUUGUUCAGUAUUUUGUACUUAAAAUAUUUUAUAUUGAAUGUGUAAAUGUUAUUGUGACGAAUGCACCACCUUAACGCGGUUAUUACGCGUUAUAGAGUAUUAAUAUAUUAAUUUUUUUUAUCUAGGACAUGUGCCUUGAGCUGUAACACCGCAAAGAAUAAGCUCUGCUGUGAAUUUGUUACCAUAAUAUUAAUUUGAAUUAUUAUAACCAUUUUGCUGUGUAUAUUUAUAUCUAUAUGUAAAUAAAUAUCGAUCAGUGAUGUCUUUUUAUGUCAGA